AUGGCUAACAACAGGGAUGCCAAUGAGAGCACCCCUCUCUUGGACUCAGAUUCUGGGACCAUACCUUCACCACCAUCAGUUUUCCAAGGAAGAGGACUGGCGUGUGCUGCCAUCCUGCUGGCUGAAUCAUUAGAAAGGAUGGCAUUCUACGGCAUCACAUCCAAUCUUGUGCUUUUUCUCAAUAGUAAUCCCUUUUAUUGGGAGGGCACUCAGGCGAGCCAGGCGCCUCUGAUGUUCAUGGGAGUUACCUACCUGAUUUCACCAUUUGGAGGCUGGCUGGCGGAUGCAUACCUUGGGAAAUUCUGGACAAUUGUUUCAAGUUUGAUCCUAUACUUUAUUGGCAUGCUAUUUUUCCCUUUCAUUUCAAAUGAAGACACCAGGAUAAACCUAUGUGGAGAAGAGGUGGCAUUUCCUGUGCAACCUGCUGAGUGUCUGAGCACAAACAGUACCCCUCCAAGCAAUGUGACCUGCCCCAUUCGCAGCCCAUAUUGUGGCCCAGUAGUUUACAGUGCACUUUUUUUAAUUGCAUUAGGUGUGGGUACUGUGAAGUCCAACAUCACUCCCUUUGGGGCAGAUCAGGUCAAAGACAGAGGGCCAGAGGCCACUCGCAGAUUCUUCAACUGGUUCUACUGGUGCAUCAAUUUAGGAGCCAUCUUGUCUCUUGGAGGUGUGGCCUACAUCCAGCAAAAUGUCAGCUUUGAGCUCGGCUACAUCAUUCCCACUGUGUGCCUCGGGGUCUCCUUCCUGGUCUUUCUCCUGGGACGUACCGUUUUCAUCACCAAGCCUGCUGAUGGCAGCGCCUUCACCGACAUGUUCAAGAUCCUGGGAUUCGCCUGCUGCUCCCCAAAACCAAAGGAGCCUUACCUGCUCCGCAAUAAACCAACACUACUAGACAGUGCCAAAGUGACCUAUGGAGGAACAUUUCCAGAAGAGAAAGUAGAGGAAGUGAAAGCCCUGAUGAAAAUCCUGCCCGUUUUCUUAGCCCUUAUCCCAUACUGGACUGUGUACUUCCAGAUGCAGACAACUUACGUCCUGCAGAGCCUCCAUCUGAGGAUUCCUGAUAGUGCCUCGAACAGCACUGCUGACCUCCACCAGAUGACGUUCCGCUUCCCGGCCGCCUGGCUCACCAUGUUUGAUGCACUGCUCAUCCUUAUGCUGAUUCCCCUUAAGGACAAAGUGGUGGACCCCAUCCUGAAACGCCGUGGGCUGCUGCCUUCCUCUCUGAAGAGGAUUGCAGUGGGGAUGUUCUUUGUUAUGUGCUCGGCUGUAGCAGCGGGUAUUUUGGAGACAAAACGCUUAGAUAUCGUCAAAUCAAAUGGUACCAUCGACCAGGUGCUUGGCAACGUUAUCUACUACGCUGCAGAUUUACCCAUAUGGUGGCAAGUGCCUCAAUAUGUGCUGAUAGGAAUCAGCGAAGUCUUUGCCAGCAUUGCAGGUCUGGAGUUUGCCUAUUCUGCAGCCCCCAAGUCCAUGCAGAGUGCCAUCAUGGGGCUCUUCUUCUUCUUCUCUGGGAUUGGCUCCUUCGUGGGCUCUGGCUUGUUGGCUAUUGUCUCCAUCAAAGCGAUUGGCUGGAUGUCAUCCCACAAAGACUUUGGUAAUAUCAAUGACUGCUCUCUGCACUACUACUUCUUCCUCCUCGCAGGGAUCCAGGGCGUCACCUUGCUGGUCUUCCUUAUUGUAUCUGUCAAGUAUGACAAGCAGAGAGGCAGAGCAGGAAGCCAAAGGCAGAGACACGCCUCCUCUUGACCCACACACACAUCCCCAUAUCCCCCUCACCAUACCUGCCUUAUCACCAUAUCCAAGACCCUGUUGAAUAGGUACUUGCUAAUAAAUUCCUACAAAAGUUAGGUUUACCUCUGUCACUCACAAAUUAUCUUAACAAUUAUAUACUGUAUUUCUUAUUUAUGUUUAUUUUAGCUUUAAAAUGUGGACUCUUUACCCUUUUUUUUAAUAACAAUAUUCGUUUUACAUCACUGGAUGCACAGGUACCACUGAAAGUACAGAGAUUAAUUCGGGAGCCAUGUCUGAAUCAUUUCUACUGGCUCCCUCACUCCUGUUUACUCUUGUUGUCUUUCUUUGAUCAUUUGCACUUGACUUGAGGAGUGGUGCCAUAAAAAAAAUACGGUAUCUAGGUAUUUUCUAAUCGUGAAGACUGCUCAGAUGUUUUUGUAGUUAGAUUUUUUCUUUUAACAAAUUUUUGGACUCUACCAUUUUACAGACCCUAGUAAGGCACAUCAAUAUUUAGUCAAACUGACAGUUUAAUGACUUUUAGACUUACAUCCGCAGUCUGAUAUUGGGGUAUUUGAGCAUUAAAGGUACUUUGAUGUUUGCAUUAUUUCUUUUAUAGAUUGUCAAAUACCUAUGGAGUAAGAGCGAUUUUACGUUUAAGUCUUGUUGCAGAAUCCCAGAAAAGAUUGCUGUUAAUGUUGAGACAGAAUAGAGCUUUUGUUUGAGGAGAUUCCAAAUAAACACACUUACAGUUUUGAGAGAAAAAACAUGAGUUUCCACUGCCUGUGACUACAUAUAGUAAUCCAGAUAAUCAUGUUAAAAAUACUCCAUGACUCCUAUGAAUCUUCACGGUAGUGUUUUAAUUUCUGGUCAAGCUGCAAAGCUGCAUGUCCGAAUGACAAACAGCUAAUUGGAAGCUAACCUUAAUCUUAACCGGCAACCUUGAGUGUAGCUCUUAAACGAUCCACUGCAUUAAUUCUUGGAUCGUGAUGAAAAGGAGCGCUGGAAUUAAUACUGACAAAUUAAAGAUGUAAAUCAUUCACAUUGAUUUAUAUUUAGAAUAAAUCAGAGCAACAUAAAUCUUCCACAGUGUUUUACAAUGUUCAUGGCUUCACAGCUUCGCCAGAAAGUCUUGAAAAAUAAGCUUUUUGUUGUUGUAUUUAUUAGACUGUGAUGCAUUUCUUUUAGCUUAUGUUGCUUAGAAGAAAACGCUUUGUGUGUUUCUUGAAUUCACAGAAUAAGUAUAGCACAAAUUACUGAAUUUGAUUAAAGCAAGAAAACUCUCAGGGCUUGAGGAAUGUCGACUGACAUAACUCUCCAGGAAAUGUAAAACUGCCUUUGGGAGCUCAGAACAGUGUUUACCCUGUGGUGUAAAUAAUGUUACAUUUGUAACAGCACAUAAAAAGUAAGGAGCUAUCACACAGACAGUAAUGAUGCUUGUUACAGUGAUUUUAGUUUGUGUGUAAUUACCGGAGAAAUGGAUAUUUCUUGUUUAUUUCAUAUUUUAUAUAUACUUGCUUUGUCAUCUCAGUCCUCUAUUACAUUUAUUUUGGAAUUAUAUUCUUUUUUCAUGAUGCUACAGAACUGAAAUAUUGUUUUGUGGUUAUAUUUGUGGCCAUUAAAGUAUAUUAAAUUGAGAA